AUGCCGUUCCCUGCGGAAUUGAGUUCAUAUCCAGAAGAAGAGGCGGAAGGUAUUUCGUUCAAAAGUCUCGGAGAGAUUGAAGAAUGCUUAAGUUUAAUAUUGCUUGUACCUUUUGUACGUCUUGAUAUAUGGGUGAUGCAAAAAUACGGAGUGAAAGACUCUUGGACCAGACGCAUCACCACUACCCAAGAACCAAUGAUCGGCUUCGGACUUCCAAAACUGAUACGGUCUUUUGAGAAUGGUGAUGUACUGUUCAGCAAGGACUUGAAGUUGGCAUUGUAUGACACAGAAAAUGAUAAAAGUAGAGAUUUGAAAAUGGAUGAUUCUGAUUUUCUAUGGAGGGUAGAAGAUAGUUAUUUGGAAAGCCUAGUUUCAGUUAACUCGGGUGCUUAUGCAGGAAAACAGAAAUGGACAACAGAUGGAGACACAACCGAUAAGUCUAUGCCGCCAAAGAUGACACGGGGUUCGCUCUUUUCUGUGUUAGCGGGUUUGGUUAGUUAUUUUUUGACUUAA